AUGCGAUUAUUACUUUCCUCCCUGCUAGUACAAGUGGGAUAUGUCGCUUGUCAUUCCAUACAAAGAAGGCAAGAAGUCUCGUCGACAGAUGUAUGUUUAAGAUGGGCGCACCAAGCUACAAUAGUAGACAGCACACUCUACAUCUACGGCGGUAGAUCUCGAAAGUCGUCACAACAGACAGAAAAUACCUGGAACAACGACUUCCUCUCCCUCUCCCUCUCCAAAGACUUCAACAUCGCCUCAACCCCCCUCACCGGCCUUCCAAAACCAAAUGGUCCACCAGCAGUAGCCCUCGGAUACCUCUGGCACGACUAUUCAUCACUAUACCUCUACGGUGGCCAAUACUCCGACACCCCACCCGUCGAACCCGAUCCCUUCGAACUAUGGAAAUACUCAAUCAAGGAAUCAAAAUGGUCCACCGACGCUUCCACAACAAACACACAACCGAAAAUCGAAAGAGCAGCAGAAGGUGCGGGAGUAACAAUUCCAAAUAGGGAUAACCCCAGAGGAUACUACUUUGGCGGUCAUCUAGAUGGCUACACGACAAAUGGGUGGAGUCAAUCUACCCCCAGAUUAUAUCUAACAAGUAUGAUCGAAUACGAUAUGGGUUCAUCUACUUGGACGAAUCAUACGGAAGAGGGGGCGAGUUUUCCGGAAAGAGCGGAUGGGGUGGUGGUUUAUAUACCUUGGGGUGGGGAUGGGAUAUUAUUGGCGUUGGGUGGAGGGGAUAAUGUGACUUUUUCGCAGUUGAAUGUUAUUGAUGUUUUUGAUAUAAAGAAGAGUAAAUGGACAAAACAAGCAACCACAGGUCCCACGCCGCAAAUCCGCGUCAACGCCUGCGCGGUAGUCUUCUCCGCUCCAGAUAACUCUUCCCAUAACAUCUACAUGUACGGCGGUCAAAACCUACAACCAGCUGGCGAGCAAACACAAUACGACGAUAUAUGGAUCUUAACAAUACCAUUAUUCAAAUGGAUAAAAGUCGAGACGGACGGACAAUCUAACCCGCCAGCUAGAGCGGGGCAUACCUGUCAUGCUUAUAGAGGACAAAUGUUAGUUGUGGGAGGGUUUGUGGGGAGUCAGUUGAGCUGCGACACUGGAAUCUACGUCUUCGACGCUUCAACCCUCCAAUGGCAAACCACUUUCCACGGGGGUCCAUUUACCUUCGGCGACUCCACAAAUACCUACGACCCCUCCUCAUCCGAACAACUCUACGCCGUCCCCGACAUAAUAAUCUCCCAAAUCGGCGGCUCAAACACUGGCGGCGCAACAGUCACCGCACCAGAAAAGACAGCAGUCCCAGAUUCCCCACUCACAGGAUCAAACCCAGAAUACACCUAUAAACCAGAUAACACACCAAUAAUAACCGCAAUUCCUGUAACCUCGACGAUUACGGCUGAUAAUGGAGAGGUCAUAACUACAGUAAUAACGAGUGUUAGGACUACGACACCAACGGGUAAUCCAAAUCCUACAAAUUCACCCGGCAAUAAUAAUAGCGGUAAUAAAUCCACACCAGUUGGUAUAAUAGUCGGCUCAACGGUCGGUAGCGUGGCACUUGUCGUUUCUGUCUUACUCCUCUCGCUAUUCUUAUGGUAUAAACGCCGAGUCAGGGAUUUACAAAAAUCUUACGAGGAAGAUAGGGUUUCUCAGGGACUUGUGGGGAAUAGACCCGUAUCGAUGGUUAGUUCUAAUAUUGGAGGAGGAGGUGGUGGUGGUGCGGGAGGAAGACAUUAUAAUUAUUCGGCAGUGAUGGAUGGGAGGAGUAAAGAAGAUUUGAUGGAAGGCGUUGAACCGACGUUUUGGGGGAUGUUGUUACAGCCCAGGAGGAGUUUAAGGGUUGUUAAUCAUUGA